CUCUCCCCAGGUGCAAAGAUGGGGUGCUUCACCUUUAUCAAGGUCAUGAUGAUCCUCUUCAACCUGGCCAUAUUUCUUGGUGGUGCGACCCUCCUGGGAGUUGGCAUCUGGGUCACAGUGGAUGGACAGUCGUUCCUGGAUAUAUUUGGGGCGCUCUCCUCUAGCGUCCUGCAGUUUAUGAAUGUGAGCUACUUUCUCAUUGUCAUUGGCUCCAUCCUGCUGGUGAUCGGCUUCCUCGGCUGCUGUGGUGCCCAGAAGGAGAGCAAGUGUCUCCUGAUGAUGUUCUUCACAGUAGUGCUUAUCAUCUUCAUUGCUGAAAUCGCUGCUGCCGUGGUGGCUCUGGUCUACACAGGUCUUGCAGAGACGCUGUUGACUGCUCUGGUGACCCCCAUCCUGAGGGAGAAAUAUGGGGCGGAUACAACCGUCUCGCAGAUCUGGAAUACCACCAUGACGGAGGUCCAUUGCUGUGGCCUGAAUAACUACACAGACUUCACCGGCUCCCCCUUCUAUGAGAAAGAUAAAACCUACCCAGGGCCCUGCUGUAAAAACGUGGAGCCCUGUGAUGACGCGCUCGCCGCAAAAAGCCAAGUCCCGGGUUGUUUUGAUCAGAUCUUGGAAGAAAUCAAGACUAAUGCAGGUGUGGUGGGUGGCGUGGCAGCUGGCAUCGCUGCCUUGGAGAUCGCGGCCAUGGCGGUUUCCAUGUACCUGUACUGCAAGCUGGAUGAGAAAUGA